GAACAACUGGUCAUCGACUUCCUGGUCCACUGUGCCUCCAAUGCAAAGCAUCGGGCACCAUCAAACUGCGACUUUCCGCCAUACGCAGCAUGCACUUGACGUUGGGAUACCCAGAUCUCUUGAUGCACAUGCCAAGGAUCCCGCUUGCCCUGGCCGGGUUGCGACGGCGCUUCGGCACCAAGGAACGACGGAUGCCCGUGACUCCAGACAUGUUGAAAUGGCUUGCGGAUCAUCUGCAGUAUGGAAGGGCCGAGGAAGCUAGCCUCCUUUGGGGCGCCCUCACCUUGCGAUUUUUCUUCCUACUUCGGGCAUCGGAAUACCUUGAUGUCGGGUACCAAGAUCCCAGAAGAGGCCUGCGUGGGUCCGACGUCACCUUGAAGCUCAAUGGCAAUGCUGUGGCGCUGAACCGGAUCAGCGAAGUUGACGAAGUCACCCUUCUGGUGCGAGGAUCCAAGACAGACAUCUACAAUCGGGGACAGGUCAGAAACCACUUUCGCACUGCGGAAAAGGUGUGUGUUGUGAAAUCCGUCAGGGCAGCCAAAGGUCUGGGACUCCCGGAAGGGGACCUCGGCGCUCACUCGCUGAGGUUCGGUGGGGCAAGUGCCCUGUGGGCACAGUACCAAGACACCUCCCUAGUGAAGCGCUGGGGACGAUGGGCCUCAGACAGCUUCCAAACCUACAUAUGGGAGGGGGGAAGGAAGCCCAAGAUGGGCAAAGGGAACGGCGUAAGGACGCCUGAGUUUGAGCCAUCGAAUGCUCCUCCGGGGAAGAUCCUGGCGAUACUUGGUCCCGUGGCGCGCGAUUGUGCCAUAGGUUUAGCGGCGAGGUGGAGCUACUGGCUGGCUACCGCCUUAGUCGCCAUCUUCUUACUCCAGCUCUUGGUGUGGACCUUCAACUGGGUUCUGGUGCCUGCCUACAAGCAUGUUGCCACUGUGUGGCGGUUAAGGCACGGCACAUUACGGGGUCGUACCAAUCGGCGCGGCUUCAAAGCCGAGUGCGACAAUGUCCAUGCAGCCUCUCAUCGCUACUUCCGAAACCAACUGGAGGGCAUGAGUUGUUGUGUCCAUUUGCGCGCCGCUCACCCCUGCACACAACCAGAUGAUGACUGCCUUCACGUGAUCGCCUCAGCAGUUGUACCUCGAACUGCCGAGUAUGACUUGCAAGAUGCUGCAGGCAAAGGCCCUUUAGCUCGUUGUGCAACAGCCGCAUGGCUUUGUGGAUAUACCAGUGUCGGCCUAUGCGGGAGCUGCUACCGGGGAGUCAAAAGAGCGGUGAAAUGCCUGUGCUGCUUGGGUUGUGGAGCGCGCAGACCAAGGACCCGAAAUCGGGCCGCGCCUUCUAGCGGCACGUCAACACCGAGACAUGAGAACUCCGAAACAGAGUCCGAGAUUGAUGACGAGACGCAAUGUCAAGCGGAGUCAGUUGCUUUUCUCGUUCAAGGAAAGGCCACCCCACUGUCGCUGAUUGCGUGCAAAGAUGCAGCGAGAGGAGAGAAAGUGAAGUUGCUGAGUUCCGAUGCCGAGAUCAGCAGCGCUGAGGACCUCCGACAUGAGGAUGGGAACGAAGCGCCCAAAAGAAGUGUGUCAGCCGAAAGGGCCCCAGAAGCGAUCACCGAGGCGCGUUCCGCGCCCGGUGAGAGCUCUGAACUUCCCCCUGCCAAAGGCGCCGAGAAAGCUGCUCUUCUGGGAAAAUACCUGAGGCACGUCGGAGCCUACAGUGACGCAGAGCCACCGCAACUCGACGAGACCUCAAAAGCUCUCCAGACGAUUGCAAAGGCCAUGGCAGCCAAAGACGAGGCAGCCGGACAAGAUCGUGGCAAAGUUUUCCCUGUAAAUAUCAGCAACCGGAUCGCUUAUGGGUUAGCAGCAAUGCGCAUCGGUGGCAAAGACAACAAGUCAUUGCCUGAGUACUGCAUUUCGGCUGCAGACUUCCCGCUCACCGGAGAAGAGGAGUUCGACAACUGGGCCGGAUGUGCCGACCUCAAGCUUGAGAAGAGACCAAAGGUUCCGGUCACCCUGAACGCUUGGUAUCGAAAUGCCUUGGGCAAGUACACUGAAGAGAUGAGAGACUUGGAUUGCAACCUACGGCGGGCGAUGAAAGAGGAAGCACCAUCUUUCGAACGUAUGCGGUUUUUUGCGACCGCACCCGAAGAAGACGGUGAACCGUGGUUGAGACUCCCCAGGACUUUUUACUUGGAAGACCCCAGCGAGUACUUCCAGACUGAUGUACUGCCCCGGCACAACCGUACGCUGUCUCGAGCCUGCUGGCAAGUCGCAUUGAAGAAAAGCCCCAACAACCCCCUCCAUGGAGGAAAGGCCGGCGAGGGAACCGAGGCGUCGGAAUCGCGCCCAGAACCCAAAACCGGCAAGAAUCAGGAAAUGAAGGGGCUGAUGGGACCCAAUCUCACUGGGAGAGAAGCAGCUCGAGCACUUGACCACAGGCCCAAGGACAAGAAGGGUGCCAAAUAUCUCUGUUGGGACAAUUUGUCCCACAGGGGGUGCAACAAGCCCACUGCGUGCCCACAUUCCCACGCCACAGGGGUGAAAUGGGAAGGAAUGGAUUGGGCCGUCCAACUCCAAAUCCUUCGAAGAGGUGGACUGAAAAGCGGCCCCUCCUUGACGGAAGCCCAAGUUGUUGAGCAAAUGGAAGCAAUCCGCAAGACACAAGCUUCGAAAACCAAGGAGAUGGUGGAAGAAGGGAAACGAGCCAAGAAAGUGGGAGACAAUGAAAACUCCAAAAACCAGCAAAGCUCCCCAGAUCAAAAGGUGGGACAAACGCCGCCAGAUCAAACUGAGCCAUCCCUCGAGGAUGAAAGCUCUGAGGCUCCUCCUUUGGAACUGACCGGGAUCAACCCCACCGACCAAGAGCAAGAGAUGGCUGAGUUGCUAAAGGGCCCCGACUUCUCUCUUUAUGAAGAUGUCGACGCAGGGAAGGUAAAACGGACUGUGACCUUGGAACCCGGGAAAUUCGAUGAACAGGCAAAGCCUCGUCUGGCUCACAUGAGCUCAAUUGACCAACAGGGACUCACCGAAGGAUACCAGGGAAUUCUGGCAACAUUUCUCAAAAACAGGUUGUUGAAGCUCAAAGAGCGAAACCGAGACAGGCCCUUGACGGACGAACAUGUGAGGGAAAGCCUCGAAGUGGCAAGGAGUCAAGGGGGGCCUGGACUGUCAGCUGCUGCCGACGAAGCCCUUCAGGGAUCUUCACGCAAGACCGGGUAUUCCGCCAACACCGGAUUUCUCUCGAAGCUUGAGUGGAAAGAUGGAGUAGGUCGAGGGACCCUCAGAUGGAGCGGGGGCACCUGGAGUGUUUACGACUUUGGAGACCAGCUUCAGCCCACAGCUGAGUGGACUUCACAACUCCAACAGGCCAAUUCGGCUAAAGGGGAAAAAGAAGCCAGACAAUGCUUACUGUUGCACUGCGCAGCAGGCUACUUGGAAAAGCAGCGUGGUCGGGUGCCCACACCAGAUGAGGUCCAGCACACUACCAACAUCAUGAGGGCCGAGCUGGCAUUUCAAGCAGUUGAAGCCAACCGACACCUGGGCGAUUGUCCAGAGCACAUUCCACGGUCGGAAGCAGACCUCAGGGUGUUCGUCCACGACUUGCUGUUCUGGUCACAUGACAAAGACUACCGAACGAUGGCAGCCUUCCCAUCAGAGAAACUCCAUGGGUAUGACCUCCACGUGGUGCGUAUGGCGUAUGGUUAUGCCGGAGAAGGGCGGGCGACCCAAGCCGUCCUGCAGCAUAAUGGCAUUGCCAUUUGCUUGGGCCUGGACCAUGGUCAAGACUUCCGGUGUGCAAAAGACCGCUCACUAGCUCGCUUCUUGGUGCG